CACAUGGGUAGUUUAAAGGAUGACAACGUGUCUCCUCCUUGUGCCGCUCUUAGCCAAUCACAGAGCAGACAUUGUGAUCAGGCCCCGCCUUCCUCCCCACUGUCGUUGCGUUUGACCGUGCCAGGAAAUUUUAAUACCGAAAGUGUUUCUUUUCUCGCUCACGGUACUAAUGGCCGCUGAGGAUCCCGAGGAAACGACCGCCCUGAGUGGUGGGAGCGACGUUCCACCCAGCGAGACAAACGAAGCUGACAGCGAGAAAAAAGAAAAUGGCUCUACCGAACCGGAAACAGAAAAAGAAGUCAGCGCCGCGGAGCCGAAAAUGGAAGAUGUGGACGCGAGAGAGGUGAGCAAGGAGGACGCUGCUCCGACGGUCACCCAGGAAGCAACAGCUGCUCACGAAGAGCCGGAGCAAAGACCGCAGUCACAACCAAGUCUGGGGGACAAUAGCAGCGAACAGAACGGCGAAAUCACCAUGAAGGCCCUCAAGGAGGAGCCAGACGACGAUAGCCGGUCUUCGGGAAUAGACUGUGGAAAGAGCACAUCUGCUAGUGAAGAUGGCGAGAAGGGCAGCGGCGGGGACCUGGGGGACAAGAGGCGCUCCAGUCUGGAGGUAUCAUCCUCUGACGGGGAGCCACUGAGCCGUAUAGACUCCGAGGACAGUGUCUGCAGCACCACCAUAGAAAUGGAGAGCAUAGGAUCCAGCGGGCGCUCCACUCCUGCGCUGUUGAACGGCCAGAGCAGCACCAGAUCUUCUGCGACCAAGACGAUGGCUUACAACUGCUGCUGGGACCUCUGUCCACAGUGCUUCAACUCCAGCCCGGACCUGGCAGAGCACAUCCGGGGAAUUCAUGUGGACGGCCAGAGAGGAGGGGUAUUCGUCUGUCUCUGGAAGGGUUGCAAGGUGUAUAACACACCGUCCACCAGCCAGAGUUGGCUGCAGAGACACAUGCUGACCCACAGUGGAGAUAAACCCUUCAAGUGUGUAGUUGGCGGCUGCAAUGCCAGCUUUGCUUCUCAAGGAGGGUUGGCUCGUCACGUCCCCAGUCAUUUCAGCCAGCAGAGCUCUUCCAAAAUGUCCAGCCAGGCCAAACUAAAGGAGGAUUCACCGUCCAAGGCGGGAAUCAACAAAAGGAAGAAACUCAAGAACAAACGCAGGUGGUCUCUACCGAGGCCCCAGGAUUUCUUUGAUGUCCAAACUAUGGAUGCGCUGCGUCACAGGGCCAUCUGUCUCAACCUCACCACUCACAUCGAAAGUGGGGGAAAUGGUCACAGCGUUGUCUUUCACAGCACGGUGCUAGCCAAAAGGAAAGAGGGGACUGGCAAGGUGAAAGUACUUUUACACUGGACACCUGAAGACAUUUUGCCUGACGUGUGGGUGAAUGAAACGGAGCGAUCUCAGCUGAAGACUAAAGUAGUGCACUUAUCCCAGUUACCGCAGGACACGGCCAUGUUGUUGGAUCCCAACAUCUACCGAGCUCUUCCUCAAAAGCGGCUGAAGCGCAGCGUUGUGCUUUCGUCCUCAGCCUGUAAGACCUCCUCUGCAGAGUCCAGACUGGAGGGCAAAUCGUCACCGGCUAGACGUUGAUCCAUACGGGAUGGAGGCGCUCUUCUUCAGUCUCUGCUGAGGCUUGGCUUUGACAACAAAUGGAGGCUGGCUACUUAGUUUUGUGUACCUGAAAUGACUUUAAUUAUCACAAACUUCACUUGUUUCUUCUUCUUUUUAAGCAAGCCUACAACCCCAAUAAUGUGGAGAGAAAAAAAAAAAAAAAAGAUCCUCUUUUUGUUUAAGUCUGGCGUGUAGCCUCAACAUAUUUUAUUACAGUUUUGUGUUGAAUAUUUAUCCAGAUUUCUAACUUAUUUUUAUACAAUGAAAACACUGACGUGGUGUGGAUUUCUGUGAAGGUUUCGAGUAAAAACUGUAUUCGCUGUGCUUUUCGACAUGGGGAUCCAAGGCGUAUUUGAACAUUGCUAAGUGUAACUGUGCUGUGCAUGUGGCAUUGAAUCGUAACCAGUGGUCUUAUUUAUACUUCCUGAAGUCAGCACCUUUA